UAAAGUAUAUGUUUGUCAGCAGUCAUGGAAGAAGACACUAAUCUUGCUUCAGAGACAGAAAGCAGCCCCGAAUCCCAAGAAAAAACACCUGAUAGCUUUAUUGAAGAUCUUGCAACUGAUUAUGUCAAUUACACUCAGUUUGACUCUGCCAAAGAGAAAGAAAAAUUCAAUGAGAAUAUAGAAGGAAUGCUCACAAAGCUAGAGGAAUUCUGUGGUUUAGUUGAUAUGAUUAGAGCAGAUACUAAUCUAUGUUUAACAGAAACACUACCUAGAAUACAGACAAAAUGUACACAGAUGCAAGAAAUAUUUGAGAAAAUUGACAAAUUAGAGGCCUUUGUGGGAAUGGUGAAAACCAAUGUAAGUGUGCUAGAGGAGUGUGUUAACAAAGCAGAGGAUGAAAUGGGAUCCCUAAGUGGUCUGAAGAAGAUGCUUUCUUCCUUUGUUGGACCAAAAAAAACAGUUUCAAAAUCAGACAAAAAGGCAGUUUUCAACCCCCCUGAAAUUUUCAGCACCAAGGACUUUUUUCCAGGACCACAGGAAAAUGUGCAAAUAGAAGACACACCUGCAGAGAACUGACUCAAUUAAAGUGAUAAAAAUUAACAUUCCAGAAUCGGAUC